UCAAACGUUAACACAAGCGUUUCGGCCAAACUAAAACCAAAAAAAAAUUAAAGAAGAAGAAAGCUAGCGACGGUGUGUUUAUCGCAUUUGCAACGGUUACGAAUUAAGAGAAAGUGUCGUGUGGUGUUGAGAAAAGAAAAACAAAAUUUUAUAUCCCCCCGAAAAAAAAACAUUGAACAGAAAAAAGGACUAUAACGAACAAAUUGUUAAAGUAAACGAAACACCAAAAACAAAAAAAUAGAAAAACAAAUAAAAACCUAAAUUAAAAAAAAAAAAACAAACACAAAGAAAAUGGCUCACAAAUUUGUAAUAAUCAGUGUAGUGUGUUUAGUCUCACUAGCAGCUGCCCUACCCGCCGAAGAAACACGUGGCCAUGCCCGCAAUGCAGUUGGCUCCGACAACGACAUCGUGGAUAGUAUUUACAACGAUUGUCUGCGCAAGGAUUCAGUGUCAUGUGUCAAGUAUAAGUUAUUCAACUUUGUGGACAAAGUGUUGGGAGCACGCGAUCAAUUCGCCUUGACCGAAGGUGUUACCGUGGUGCGUUCGCCUGAUGCUCCCGCCCAAGAUGCGGCCCGUUCCAUAUCGGGCAAUGAGUCGUUCGAAUCUUUGGCCAUGAAUCGCAUUGCCAGUUUCUUGAAUACCCAUACCAUUAAGGUGGAAUUGAAUGGAGCCGAUAUUGUGAAUGCUGUAAGCUCGACCGGUCGCGCCUUGGAAGAUGUAUCCGAAUCGUUGUUUGGCUCCGAUGAUCCCAACGCACCCGAAGAAAGUCGCGGCAAGAAGAAGAAGGCUGCCAAAAUCUUGGGCCCCAUCAUUGCCUUGAUUGCCUUGAAGGCUGCGGCCUUGUUGCCCCUACUGUUGGGAGCCAUUGCCCUGAUUGCCGGCAAGGCCUUGUUGAUUGGUAAAAUUGCUUUGGUCCUUUCCGCUGUUAUUGGAUUGAAGAAAUUGUUGUCGCAAGAGAAGCAUGUGACCUAUGAGGUUGUGGCCCAUCCCCAUCACAGUGCCAGCCAUUCGGUAAGCCAUGACUCCUAUGGCAGUGGCUACAGUGCUGAUGUCGGCUCCUCGGGCUCCUAUGGCAGCUCUGGCCAUGGCGGUUGGGGACGUUCUUUGGAUGCCCAAGAUUUGGCCUACACAGCACAAAAGCCCAAGGCUUAAAUCAGGAUUUUGAAAAAUUAAAACAAUUUUGAAAACCCAACGACUUACAACAACGACGAAGAUGAUGAUGAUGAUGAUGAUGACGAGAUGAUAACGAAACAUUGUUUACAAUGACCCUACAAUGAUGCGUGACGAGAAGAGAAAGUUUUGCCUUCAUAUACCUAUACCACAGCUAGGUAAUGUUGGUGGAGGAGUAGCAACGAAAAGGAAGAAAAACGACAAUUGUGAAUUGACAAACAGAAAAUGCCUUAAUGGGCAAAUUAGCUGAGGAAUUGCAGUGUAACAGUUUUUCAGAGUCUUUGCCUUGGGACAUUUUGGUUUUCAAUUCACUUUUGAUUAGAAGUGUUUGGGCUACAUGGCCCCCCAGCCUUACCAUACACACACUCACACAAAUGCAUUCAAAGCAGACCAUAAGAAACUAGACUUUUUUGCCUUAAGUAUGAGAAAGAAAAAAAACAAAACAAAGCAAAACAACAAAA